UGUGACACUGCACACGUUCCCCACCCCCGGGGAGUGAAGGCUGGCAAGAUGGUGGGGAGCUGGUGGCUGCUGCUCUCACUGCUCGGCUCUGCUGUCGCCCUGAGCCCGAGAGAGACCCGCUCCCGGGAGCUGAAGGAGCUGGGCGGACCGUGGAGCUUCCGGGCGGAUCAGUCGUCGAGCAGGAACCAGGGAUUCGAGGAGAAAUGGUACCAGCGUCCCCUUAGAGAGACAGGGCCAGUGAUCGACAUGCCUGUUCCUGCAAGUUACAACGACAUCACACAAGAUCCCGAGUUGAGGGAUUUCAUCGGCUGGGUGUGGUAUGAAAAAGAGGUUUGGGUUCCUAGAUGUUGGAUUUCAUAUGAUGCUGGGAAGAGAGUGGUACUCCAUGUUGGUAGUGCCAAUUACUUCUCUGUUGUUUGGGUGAAUGGUGUUCAGGUUACCUUCCAUGAAGGUGGCCAUCUUCCUUUUGAAGCUGACGUCACUAAAGUUAUGCAGAGUAGUCCAUCUCCUCAGUAUAGAAUCACUAUAGCGGUAAACAACACACUUACCCCUUAUACUUUACCUCCAGGAAGGAUUCAAUACAUGUCAGAUAGAAAAAGGUAUCCACCUGGCUAUUUUGUGCAGAUCAUCCAAUUUGAUUUCUUCAAUUAUGCUGGGAUUCAUCGGCCUGUUCUGCUGUACACCACACCUAGUGUCUACAUAGAUGACAUAACAGUUAUAACGGACAUCCAGGAUGAUAAAGGAUUUAUAAAUUACCAAGUGUCCAUUAGUGGAAGCAAUCAUUUUUCAUUGUCACUAAAAUUGCAUGAUCACCGAGGGCAGGUUGUUGCUUCUGCCAUUGAUGGAUCUCCAUUUGGACAACUUAAGUUGCAUGAUCCUAAACUAUGGUGGCCGUACCUUAUGCAUGAGAAUCCUGCAUACCUUUACAACCUUGAGGUGCAUAUGAAGAGCAAAAUUGGUAGCAUCUUGUAUGAAGAUUUUUAUACAUUACCAGUGGGAAUUCGCAAAGUCCAAGUUACCAAGAGCCAGUUCCUUAUCAAUGGAAAGCCAUUCUAUUUCCAUGGAGUAAAUAAGCAUGAAGAUUCUGAUAUGCGAGGGAAAGGCCUUGACUGGUCAGUGAUUAUCAAGGACUUUAACCUUCUUCGAUGGCUGGGAGCAAAUUCAUUUCGUACAAGCCAUUAUCCAUAUGCAGAAGAAAUAAUGGAUUUGUGUGACAAAUAUGGGAUUGUGGUCAUCGAUGAGUGUCCUGGCGUGGGCAUCAAAGAUCCGGUGAGCUUUGGAAAUAAGUCCCUCACUCAUCAUUUAGCUGUAAUGAAAGAGCUGGUGCACAGAGAUAAAAACAGGCCAUCGGUGGUAAUGUGGUCUGUAGCUAAUGAACCAGCAUCUGGAUUACUACCAGCAGAUUAUUACUUCAAGACUUUAAUUUCAUCGACAAAAGCUAUGGAUCCAACCAGGCCUGUUACUUUUGUAACAGUCACUGACUAUGAGGCUGACAAAGCUAUGCAAUACACAGAUGUUAUUUGUGUGAACAGCUAUUUAUCCUGGUACAAUGAUUCGGGCCAUCUGGAGACCAUUCAAUUACAACUUGCCAAUCAGUUUGAGAAUUGGUAUAAAAAAUACCAAAAACCAAUUAUUCAGAGUGAAUACGGAGCAGAUGCAGUUGCAGGGCUGCAUAAGGAUCCUCCCAUAAUGUUCACGGAAGAGUACCAGCGAGCUGUAAUGGAGGAAUAUUUUGAGAUAUUUGAUGAAAAAAGGGAGGACUACUUAAUUGGAGAACUAAUUUGGAAUUUUGCAGACUUCAUGACUGUCCAGUCUAUAAUACGUGUGGAUGGGAACAAGAAAGGGAUUUUCACUCGUCAGCGGCAACCCAAGCUGUCAGCUUUUGUUCUUCGGGAUCGCUACUGGAAACUGGCGAAUGAGACCAGAUACAUUUCCUCGAGGUUCUGUUGCCAGUCUCAGAACACAGAACAUAACUGUCAAAGGAAUGAAAAGAACCCUUCUGCAGCCAAGCCUCAAUUUCAACAACCCUACUCCCCUGUAAAAUAGGAUGUCCGUUUCCAAGAGCAUAGCAGUUCUCAGCUCUGCAACAUCACAGUUUGUGCUCAAGUCUCUGAAGGUGGGAUUGAAAACCACAGCCUUCUAACUGACACACAGCUGACACAUAAUGGAGGGAGACCGAAAAUAAAAUA